AUGAGCAGCCCUUCAGCUUGCGUCAGCUUCACAUCCAUUAGUGCGUGUCCCGAGAUAUGCAAGCUCUUCUGGGGCAGCGGGAACCCCGACCUCUCUGGUAUAGGGGCACACAUCUCGUACCUCGUCCAGGUCGCCCUGGCCGUAGUCUUUGGCCCUAUCUUCGUCGCCAUCUACGCCUGCCUCCACAAGUUCUCCCCUCCCUCAGCCCUGGGCAGAAACAUGCUCGACCCGCUCGUCAGGCUACACAAAAACUUCUGGGACGCCAACGCGGGCUUCACCAUCCCCGUCGCCAUCGCUGCCAUCGUGCGCAUCCGCGGCGCGCCCUUUUACGAGAUCGCCUUCCUCGAGUCCCUGCUGACAAUGCAAUUCCUCUCCCUGCUCUCCGUAAGCCUUGCCCAGGGUGUCGUCGUCCGCCAGUCCAAGUCCAAACGCAGGCCCUUCGAGCGCGUCGUCGUCACGGCCGUCUGCUGUCUCGCCGAGUUCGCCCUGUACAUGGGCGUCGUCGGCCGCCUGCGCACCACGUCCCGGACCACGUGGGCCGCCGUCCAGGAGCUGGGCACCGCGUGCUCGUCGUACGGCUCUGUCCUUCCCGGGUUUGACUAUUUCCGUGGCCAGCUGCCGACCGAUGCGUUGCCCAACCUUCCGGCGCCGUUCCCUGAGUUCCUCAACACCGACGGGUGGAGGCGGGGGCUGACCAUAUUUGGGCUUUCCCUUGCGGGGCUCGCCGGGUUGGUCGUGCUUGGCGCUAUUCUGUUCUUGUUGUGGAAGUUGAUCAUUGACGAGCGCGAGCCGUUUACAGUGGGGUUGCUGUCGCUUGGGCUGUCUAUUGGGAGUCUGUACUGUGCGGUGCAAAUGUCGCGCAAGCGGGACGCCAUGAAGAGCAUCUCCGGAGACGACUUUGAGGACAAUGAGUGGGGAUUCGGCCAGGUCAUUGCCAUAUUUCUCUGGGUGCCACUGUUGCUACAGGCCCUCGGUGUGCUGAUCAAUUACGCGCCCAAGUCAGUCACGAUGGUAUCCAUGAGCACCCGGACCCAGAAGAGAACGGCAAACCUGCCGUAG